AUGGAGGAGGAACAGUCACGACUGCUGGCACCGCCGUCGGAGAUUCUGGCCCAAGUGAAGGUCUUUCCGCUCAUUCCGAGCAUCCAGAGGGACGUCGUGGUGAGUACCAAUUCUGCGUUGACCUGGGACCAAUUGACCGCCUCAGAUAUCAACUUCGCGGUCGUGCGGCCGCUUGUCUUCAAAUAUGCGAAGCUGGACAACUUGGCUGUUGUUUAUGCAUGCUUCGUCGUGCGCUCCCACUUCCUUUCAGAAGCGGAGGAUAAUAUGGCCUUCUCCGGAGUGCUUAUGUCUCGUGCCGCCCUGUGCGAGAUCCUCGCCAUGAAGCUGUUGGGCACGUUCGGAUCUGAUCCUCUACGCGUAGCCACCGUCCUCACAGCCAGCUGGAACCCUCUGUCCGGAGCACCACAAGACAUCAUUAACGACGUGCGCAAUGUGGUGGGGCGACACGGUUCCUACGACCCUCAAUGCGCUCUCGAGAUGGCUAUUGCAACCGAGUCGAAAUCCUUCCUCUCUUCCCCACUCGUUCAAACCGUCGUCAACAACAUUUACUCGGGCCGCAUGGUCUUCUCAAUGUCCUCGCAACGCUCUGUUCUUGCAGACAACUACAAGCCCCGCAGCAUCGAGAUCUAUGACGUUCGGAAGGCUCCCUUCCUCGACCACUAUAGGCUACGUGUUCCUCGAUACGGAGCAUACCUCGAGUUCCUCAACUUCGCGCUGCUCUUGACGACGUUCCUGUUGUGUCUUUCGACCAAGGACAUCAACGCCAUGAAUGUGUUUGAGAAGGUGUUCAUACUGUUCGCGGCUGCGUUCGCUUUGGAAGAGUAUACCGCGUCCAAAGAACACGGCUGGACGAUCUACAUCGCAAAUCUCUGGAACGUCUUUGACUCCUCUUUUAUCGUCAUAUUCAUGGUAUAUAUUGGAUAUCGCAUCAAAGGAUUACACGACGGGGAUCCUGAAGCUUCAGACUUCGCUUUUGACGUUUUGGCCUGCGGGGCUUGUAUUUUGUUUCCGCGACUUGCGUUCUUUGCAGUCUCGAACAACGUUGUAGUUCUGGCGUUGCGGGCGAUGAUCGCGGACUUCGUGUUCUUCAUUGCGAUCGCCGCCAUCUGUUUCUCGGGGCUGCUAUUCACCCUGCAUAACUUAGCCGCUGACUCGAACAAAUGGAGCGUGAAGAGUAUUGCGUGGCUGAUGGUACAGAUCUGGUUCGGCAACACCUACCUGAGUUUCGCUCAGGCGGAGAGUUUUCAUCCGUUAUUUGGACCUAUUCUCAUGACUAUGUUUGCUGCUAUGUCAAGCACUUUACUGCUCACCAUCCUCAUUUCUAUCCUUUCGAACACAUUCGCUCGCAUUGAUGCAAAUGCCAAGCAAGAGUAUCUGUUCCAAUACUCCAUCUCUACGAUAGAAGGCGUCAAGGAUACUCUCUUCAGCUAUCAGCCCCCAUUCAACAUGCUUGCAUUCAUCGUGCUUUGGCCUCUCAGCUUCGUCCUGUCUCCUAGGACACUCCACUCGACCAACGUUUUCCUCAUCAAAACUACGUCCUUCCCUCAAUUGAUUGUUAUUGCCAUCUAUGAGCGCUAUCUCGCGCAAGGCCAAAGACUACGCGAGCGGGGCGCACAGGGCGCACAGCGCAUCUACGACAGCCUCACUCGCGGCGUCCAGCACAUGCCUCUCCUCGACCUCCUCGGCAGCACCACGAUGGACGUCCACGAGGCCAUCUUCGGCGUCGACAUCGAGGACGACCUCCACCUCUUCGACGGCUCCGAGCUCGACGGCGACCGGCCCACCUCCGCCCCACCCAUGACCUCGAUCACCGCCUCGCGCUCGCACGAGUCCCUGCACCCGCACAUGUCCGCCAGCCACGCCGGGCUCCCCGAACAGUCUUCGAACAUGCUCACAAGCGAGGCAGGGGACCUUCGGCGAGCGACGAGCCUCUCGUUCCGCCCGCGCACGCAGAACCAGAGCCGGAGCCGCCCGCGGAGCAUGGCGGCGUCCCCGGGCGUGUCCCCGCGCAGGGCGAACGCAGCGCUCCCGACGCUGAUCUCGCCCUCGGGCGCGGCGGAGGUGCCGCCAGGCCCGCGGAGCCCACUCGGGGCGCUGUUCAGCGUGAAGCGGGACCGGGUGGUGAGCAUCGCGGGUGUGGAGGGGAGUGUGAAACGGGUGGAGGCGAUGGUGGAAGAGAUGAAGCGGAUGCCCGUGAACAAGCUCAAGGACGAGAUGAAGGAGCUGCAGGAUCGUCAAGCCAGGAUCGAGAACCUUCUUCUCAUGCUUACGCGUGGAAUGCGUAACGAUACCGGUCAUCAUUCGACGAUUAGGCACGACUCCCUCUGA